UAAGAUGAUAAUUUUUUGUUUCAGUUUAAAACAAAUCAUUCGAUCAAAGGAUGAGCUUGAAAAGCAAUACCUUGCUGAAAAAGAACAUCUUCAGCGAAAAUACGAAGAGGAAAAGCAGGCAAAAGAAGAAGCUUUGAAAAGGCUCAGUUCUAUUGCAUCCAGCAAGCUGCGAGAUAAAAACCCAAAUAUAACUGACCUUAGUGACCAAAACCGACCUACUAAGAUAGCCGAGAAAAUGUCAGAAUUGUAUGACAAUCAAUGGACUGAUGCAUUCGAUGUUCUUGAAGGAAAGAUGGACGAGCGACAAGUUAUUCAGACAUUGUUAGAUACAUUAAUGAGGGUUUCCCGUGAAUGCCGCAGGUUGUCGGAGGAAAAUUUCUUUGAAAGAGUUCAACGAAGCAUUGAAUCACCAAUAGAGGCAACGGGAAUGCCAAAAACCACGCUUCUGUUAUCGGACCAAUUGAAACAGCAGAUAAAAGAAUUUCGGAAAAUUCGUGCGGCCGCUGUUGUGAAGGACGUUGAGAAGAUUAUAAAGUCAAGGAUCCUGUUACCCAACCAUCCAGCGACAGAGGUUCAGGAUUAUCUAUCACGCUGUGUAGAAAUUGGCUGGUUUUGUGCAGUGCAAGAUCCACCCCUGAUUCUCAGUGCACAGUCACCUGUCGAAUUUGAUACGAAUACGUUCAAAGAUUACACAAAACGUGGGAAGUAUGUAGAGUAUGUUGUAUGGCCAGCAAUGUACCUUCAUGAGGGAGGUGCUCUACUCGCAAAAGGUAUUGCACAGGGAAGUGAUCAUAAGCCGACAUCAACAAGAGGUUAUGCCGAAUAUACACAAGCUCCACUGCAAAAGACUUCAGUGCAAGCAGCUCCAGCCGCCCGAAUAACGUCACGUAAUCAGGGAGGGCAACGUCACCAUCCACCAUUAACACUUCCGGACCAGCAAAGACAAAAUAUUCAUCUUCAAAGUGAUGGUUUCUCUUCUAGUAAGGUUAGGAUACCAGGUAACACACAAAAAUCACAGACCGUGUAUUCAACACGAAGAACAACCGAAAUGAAUGCAAGCCAGACUGUCUAUGGAAGACGUGGAUAUGCAGUAGGGACUGCCAGUCAUUCUACAGACUUCUAAUGUAAACUUUAUUGGCACCAGGAUAAAUAUCAAGAGAACAUUUGAUGACACAAUAAUACAUCAAGAAAUAUAUACUCACAAUAGACUCAAUAACACAUAUUAUGAUUUACAGCAUAUUUGUCCUUGCGUUAAAUGGUCCUGGAAGAUACGGUUAGUGAUAUUUUGAACCUGUGACACGUUUAUAUUUGGUUUUAAUUUUAUUCCACAUAUUUGUAUCUGAUAAAAUGGUUGUAGUAGAAAUGGCUACCGAAUUUUCAGAUAUGAUAUAUAGACCGCGUGAUACGUGUUUAUUUGAUUUCAUUUUCCCCCACAAAAAUAUUGAAAGAAAUACGAAGAUGAGAUUGCGGGUUGGUGCGUCAUUGAUACAAUAAGGUAUCGUAAGGCAAAUCGCAUUGUACUGACUUUAUGCUAAUGACUAUUUCAAGUGUUAUCAAACACUUUAUGUUAUAAUUUUCAUUAGCUGUAAACGUGUUUGAGCAGGGUCAUUAACAAUCAAGGAAAAAUAUUUAAAAACUAUCCUAAAAUUGCAACAUAUUGCAAAGCAUGUAAUAAGAUAUUAAGUUUGCUAUAUUUGCUUUAAACAUAGCACUUUUCUUUAAUAAAAUAUAUUCUGUA